AUGGAGAAAAUAAUUGAAAAGCGACGAAUAGAAGAGCACUUUAACUCCGGACGCUCUUGUAUAAAGAGACGUGAGUUUCAACUAGCAAUUGAAAACUUUCAAAAAGCUUUGAAAUUCGCUGAGGAAAUGAAAGAGACAAAGGAAAUAACCGAGGCAAAUCUUCAGUUAGGAAAUGCUUUUAAAUUGAAAUAUCAGAUUGAAGUGGCAAUGGAACACUACGAGAGAGCCUUGGAAGUUGCAAAGGAACGAAAUGAUCAAGGUCAGAUUACAAAAGCACACCUUGGGUUAGGGGAUGCUUAUAGAUUGAACCAUCUGACUCAAACGGCAAUUCAACACUAUGAGAAAGCCUUGGAAAUUACAAGAAAACAAAGAUAUAAACAAAAGAAAACAAACGCAUAUCUUGGGUUAGGAGAGGCUCAUAUAUUGAACAAUCAGAUUCAAAAGGCAAUUGAAUACUUUAACAAAGCCUUGGAAAUUGCAAAUGAACGAGCUGGAUAUAAAAUAAAGGAAACUAAAGCAUACCUUGGGUUAGGAGAUGCUUUCGGAUUGAACAAUCAGAUUCAAAGGGCAAUUCAACUCUAUGAGAAGGCCUUGGAAAUUGCAAAAGAACGAGGAUAUGAACAAGAGGAAACAAACGCAUGCAUUGGGUUAGGCGAUGCUUAUAGAAUGAACAAUGAGAGUCAAAAGGCAAUUCAGCACUAUACAAAAGCUUUGAAAGUUGCAAUAGAACGAGGAUAUAAACGACAGGAAACCAAAGCAUACCUUGAGUUAGGAGAUGCUUAUAUAUUGAACAAUCAGAUCCAAACGGCAAUUCAGCACUAUGACAAAGCCUUGAAAAUUGCAAAAGAACCGCGAGGAUAUAAUCUAGAGGAAACCAAAGCAUACCUUGGGUUAGGACAUGCUUACAGAUUGAACAAUCAGAUUCAAAAGACAAUUCAGUACUAUGAGAAAGCCAUGAAAAUUGCAAAAAAACGAGAACAUAAACUAGAGAAAACAAAUGCAUGCCUUGGAUUAGGAGAUGCUUACAAAUUAAACAAUCAGAUUCAAAAGACAAUUCAGCACUAUGAGAAAGCCUUGGAAAUUGCAAAAGAACGAGGAUAUAAACGACAGGAAACCAAAGCAUACCUUCGGUUAGGAGAUGCUCACAUAUUAAACAAUCAGAUUCAAACGACAAUUCAGCGCUAUGAGAAAGCCUUGGAAAUUGCAAAAGAACGAGGAUAUAAACAAGAGGAAUCAUGCGCGUACCUUGGGUUAGGAAAUGCUUAUAGAUUGAAUGAUCAGAUUCAAAAGUCAAUGGAAUUCUAUGACAAAGCCUUGGAAAUUGCAAAAGCUCAAGGAUAUAAACUAGACGAAACACGCGCGUACCUUGGAUUAGGAGGUGCUUAUAGACUGAACAAUCAGAAUCAAAAAGCAAUGGAAUACUAUGAAAAAGCCUUGGAAAUUGCAAAAGAACGAGGAUAUAAACAAGAGGAAACAUGCGCGUACCUUGAGUUUGGAGAUGCUUAUAGAUUGAACAAUCAGAUUCAAACGGCAAUUGAAUACUUUGAGAAUGCCUUGGAAAUUGCAAGAAAACGAAGAUAUAAACGAGAGGAAGCCAAAGCAUACCUUGGGUUAGGAGAUGCUUAUUUAUUAUAGAUAAAAUUAACAGUCAGUUACUGACUGUUAAUUUUAUCUAUAAUAAAUUAUCGGAAAGUCAUUUCAGAGUAUUUCACCGUGUUCAGACGUCUGUUUUAGGGCUCUUCAAUCUUCGUUUCAAUUUGGGUUUUAGUUUUUAAUUACUAGUUAUAUUAAGACGAUGAGUACUAAUAAGCUAUCAUACGACGGCAAAACAUAUCGUUGGAGUGGGUCUUUGCUUGAGUUGAAGAGCUUUGUAGAACAACAUUUGAAGCUACAUGCCGGCUCUUGGACGUCCCCUGGUGGCGAGGCGAAAGUCUUUCGUUCCGAACAAUCGGACUUCUUAAUUAAAUGGUAUGGCGUAAGCUCCAAGAAGAUUGUAAUUCAAGUCGAUAAUGAAGAACGCUACCUUGAGUUGUUAUUUCAAAGCCUAGUCAACACAAAUGAAUUUGACGAAAACAAUGAAAUGCCGUCUGAAGUUAUUGCUCUAGACGACUCGUGUACUGGGGAUGCAUUAACUGAUAAGAUAAUUUCAAAUACAGCGGAUAAAGCGACACAAAGUGUACACGAUGUCAAAUCUCAAGAUAACGAUCUAAAAUCUAAAGAACUAGCGGUAAAAUCGACUGCAAAAGUUUGUGCAAACAAGAAUGAGCGCCUCAAUGGUUUCAAGGUAUGUUGUUGUAAUUGUACUUGUGGUAGCAACGUUACCAAAGCAGAAUUGGAGGGAAUAAAACUUGAUAUGGCAGUUUUAGAGUCUCGACUUGUCAGCGCCUCUCCCUUAGAGGAGAUCAAGUUAGAAAUUAAAACUCUAAAAGCAAAACAAAAUGAUUUGGAGGUUGUUAUUCGACGCCAAGAUGAGUUAAUUUGCAAAAUUAAUGAUGAAAAUAUGGUUCUCAAAUCUAAAUUAUUUUCUAUGGAAUUUUUGAUGCGUGAAGAGGUAAUCCACAAUACGCAUAGUGGCGGAAACAAUAGCCCCCAAGGGUCAUUACAUGCGGUUAACCCGAGUGACAAUACACAUAGCGACGGAAACAAUAGCCCCCAAGGGCCAUUACACGCUGUUAACCCGAGUGACAAGUCUCACGACUGCGAACAAUUGAUUAAUGUUAAAUUGCCUAACCUUAACACUGUCGAUUUAACAAUCACUGAUAAACCCCUGUUGCGGCAUAACAAUGGUAGGGAUAGUAUGGCAGACAAUAGCUUUCUUGACAGGCCAAACGGUAAUUCAAGUUUACCUAGAAAA